GUCGCUCGUGUGCGAAUGAGCACGUCUUAUGUCCCCCCAGUUAACUGGCUAAAUAAAUGGAUUACAGUAGCUGAUCCCUGAACGUUGAAGAUGGUCAACAUGAGUUCUCCAGCGUCCGAUGCUAGCUGGUAUGGACUUCUGAUGAAGUCCUGAUGCUGUAACGGGGGUCCUGUUUCAGCGCAGUGUUCAGGAUCCGAGGUUAUUAUUAAGGGACUAAGUAAAAGCCAAGUCUGUACUGCCUCCCGUCCUCAACUCCACAUCCCUACUUAACUACACGUCCUCAGUCGCUGUCAUGGCCUGGGCCGUCCUCCCCGUGGACAGCUUGCUGUGCACGGUCCUCGGUAUCUCCAUCACCGUGUGGUUCACGCUGCUGCUGGUCUUCAUCAUCGUGCCGGCUGUUCUUGGGGUGUCCUUUGGGAUCCGCAGGAUCUACAUGAAUGCCCUCCUCAAAGUGUUUGAGUGGGCCACCCUGAAAAUGGAGCAAGGAGCCAAAGAAAAGAACCAGCAUUUGCACAAGCCCUACAGUAACGGUAUCAUAGCCAAGGAGCCCUUGUCUCUAGAGCAGGAGAUCCAGGAGUUUAGGGGCAGCGCCGCUCUGGGCUCCGUGCCCGAGUUUGAGAUGGCCGACAUAAUGUAUUUCUCCCGACGCGGCGUGGAGAGCAUCGUGGACGACGAGGUGACCAAGCGCUUCUCCGCCCAGGAGCUGGAGUCCUGGAACCUGCUGACGCGCAGCAACUACAACUUCCGCCACAUUAGCCUGAGGCUGACCGUGCUGUGGGGCCUGGGGCUGCUGAUCCGCUACGGGCUCCUCCUGCCGCUCAGGGUAACGCUGGCUGUCACCGGUAUAGGUCUGCUUCUGGUCCUGACCACUCUGAUAGGGUUCCUGCCUCAUGGACAGAUAAGGUCUCUCCUCAGUGAGAAGGUGCAUCUGAUGUGCUACCGGAUCUGUGUGAGAGCCCUCACCGCCAUCAUCACCUACCACCACAGUGAAAAUAAACCAAAGAACGGAGGCAUCUGUGUGGCCAACCACACCACUCCCAUAGAUGUGAUCAUCCUGGCCAACGACGGCUGCUACUCCAUGGUGGGCCAGAUCCAUGGAGGGCUGAUGGGGUUGGUCCAGAGAGCCAUGGUCAAGUCCACCCCUCACAUCUGGUUCGACAGAUCCGAAGUCAAAGACCGCCACCUGGUGGCCAAAAGGCUUUACGACCACGUGUCGGACAAAACCAAGCUGCCCAUCCUCAUCUUCCCUGAGGGUACCUGCAUCAACAACACCUCAGUGAUGAUGUUUAAAAAAGGCAGCUUUGAGAUUGGCUGCACGGUCUACCCUGUGGCCAUAAAGUAUGACCCCCGGUUCGGAGAUGCGUUCUGGAACAGCAGCAAGUUCGGGAUGGUGAGCUACCUUCUCAGGAUGAUGAGCAGCUGGGCCAUCGUGUGCAGCGUGUGGUACCUGCCCCCCAUGGAGAGAGAGGUGAGCUAGGUACCUGCCCCCCAUGGAGAGAGAGGUGAGCGAGGUACCUGCCCCCCAUG